AUGACAAGCUUCGGCCGACGUCACGCCCCUAUACUCACAAAUCCCGCCUCCGCGCCCUCUCCUGCUGCCCCAGCUUCCACUGCUGCUGUCACGCGUCCCCAUGAUACUCCUCAAGAGGCAGCCGGCGCAGCGGCAGGCCAGCAGAAGAUUUCUUCUGCAGCUGUUGUUGUUGGUGCUUCUUCCUCCCAUCGUCCUGCUGAGUGGCCUUCUGCCAUUUCCAAAACUGAUUCCCGGAAGAAGAAGAAGAAGAAGAAGAAGAAGAAGAAGAAGAAGAAGAAGAAGAAGAAGAAGAAGAAGAAGAAGAAGAAGAAGAAGAAGAAGAAGAAGAAGAAGAAGAAGAAGAAGAAGAAGAAGAAGAAGAAGAAGAAGAAGAAGAAGAAGAAGAAGAAGAAGAAGAAGAAGAAGAAGAAGAAGAAGAAGAAGAAGAAGAAGAAGAAGAAGAAGAAGAAGAAGAAGAAGAAGAAGAAGAAGAAGAAGAAGAAGAAGAAGAAGAAGAAGAAGAAGAAGAAGAAGAAGAAGAAGAAGAAGAAGAAGAAGAAGAAGAAGAAGAAGAAGAAGAAGAAGAAGAAGAAGAAGAAGAAGAAGAAGAAGAAGAAGAAGAAGAAGAAGAAGAAGAAGAAGAAGAAGAAGAAGAAGAAGAAGAAGAAGAAGAAGAAGAAGAAGAAGAAGAAGAAGAAGAAGAAGAAGAAGAAGAAGAAGAAGAAGAAGAAGAAGAAGAAGAAGAAGAAGAAGAAGAAGAAGAAGAAGAAGAAGAAGAAGAAGAAGAAGAAGAAGAAGAAGAAGAAGAAGAAGAAGAAGAAGAAGAAGAAGAAGAAGAAGAAGAAGAAGACGAGGGAGAGGAAGCAGGGCACGAAGGAGGGGAGAGGCGGAGGAAGGGGAGAGAUGAUGGAAUGUGGAGGAGGGGCAGAGGCAGGAGCACGGGCGAUGGGGGAGGGGAGGGGAGGAGAGAAAGAGGAAACGGAUGAGGUGGCUGUUGGGCUAGUAGUGGCAGCAGCAGGUGGGAGAGGGGACAUGAUCGCCCCUUCUCGACCUCUCUGCCUCACACCCAUCCCUCACAUCACCUCUCCCCCCAAGCCUCCCCCUACGCCUUCCCUCUUACCUCCUCCUUUCCUUUUCCUCUUCCCACCGCCAAUCCCAUUCCCCAUCCCUCCGCUCAUCCUCCCUUCCAUCCCUCCGCCUAUCCUUCCCCUUAUCCUUCCGCCAAUCCUCCCCCCCAUUCCGCUCCCCACUCCUGCGCACAUUCCUGCACAGCUAAUCCCCACUUUCAAGCAUUCAACCAUCUCGCCCUCCAUUCAUCCUCUCUUCCCACUAUCCAUCCCUGCGCCCAUCCUCCCCCUCAUCCUCCCACCCAUUCCCCCUCCCAUCCUCCCACCCAUCCUCCCGCCCAUCCUCCCCACCAUCCUCCCCUCCAUCCUCCCCCCCAUCCUGCCCCCUAUUCCUCCUCCCAUCCCUCAGCUCACCACUCAGAAAAUCUCCCCCCGCAUCACUCCCCCUACCGCUCAGAUCUCCCUCCCUUGGUCUGCUUCUCCUAUCCUUCUGCUUGUUCUGCAACCACCACCUGCUGCCGAUCAUUCUCACUCUGCUGCCAUCCACCCUGUCUCCUAUCCUCACCCUCACCCGUCCUACCAGUCUCUCCCUUCCAGGCUCCCCCCCUCUCUCCCCUCCUCCGUCCCCGUUUCACUUCCCCCCGCAUUCCCCCCAGUUUGCUGCCCUCCUCGUCCCCCUCCUCUCCCACUUUCCUCUGGCCCCGUCGCAGCUGCUGUCACCGCGACCAUGCAUCCCACUGCAUGCACUCCCGCACCUCUUAUGCCGCUCCCCAUGCACCAACCCUCGUUUCCAUCAGCAGUAGCGCCAGCAGCAGCAGCCGCACCAGCAGCAGCGCCAGCAGCAGCAGCAGCAGCAGCAGCAGCAGCAACAGCAGCAGUAGCAGCAGCAGCACUACAGGCACCAGUGGGGUCAGCUUCGUGUCUCUUGUCUCUGGAGCACUGUCAGCAAGAUGACCUCACUCUUACCCUGUCUCUCACACCAAGGGCCAUCAGAGAGUCUCCAACCCCUCCGCUUCUCCACACACUCCGUCUUGAUCCUGAGCACAAGCAGAAGCAGCAGAAGCAGCAGCAUCAGCAGCAGCAUCAGCAGCAGCAGCAGCAGCAGCAGCAGCAGCAGCAGCAGCAGCAGCAGCAGCAGCAGCAGCAGCAGCAGCAGCAGCAGCAGCAGCAGCAGCAGCAGCAGCAGCAGCAGCAGCAGCAAACAGGCACCGUCUCUGUCGCUGCUUCUGCUGCAUGUCUACCAUCUGACCUGGGAGCUUCUGCUGCUGUGCUACCAUGUGCGGUGGGUGUCAAGAAGAGAGAGGGGAGGGAGGAGAAGGAGAAGGAGGAGGAGGAGGAGGAGGAGGAGGAGGAGGAGGAGGAGGAGGAGGAGGAGGAGGAGGAGGAGGAGGAGGAGGAGGAGGAGGAGGAGGAGGAGGAGGAGGCAGGGGAGGAGCAAAGAUACGAGGAGAGGGAGGAUGCGGAGGUUCACACCACUGGUUGA